GGAGAUUCACUCCCAUGUUAGCCGAUGACAAACAAUUGGUUCAUAUGCCGACCUAGACAUUGUUCUCAGCAUCGUUUCAUCUAUUAAAGGCUUUACAAGCAAGAUUUCUAAUUUAGCGCUAACGAGUUUCACACAAGUAGGCGAAGAAACACUUCCAUAUGUGUGGAUAUUGUGUACUCAUUACAUCCAUAUAAGGAGUAAGGGACAUCAUAUCUUGCAAUGGGUGUACAUGUUUGUGGUUUUCGACUGUACGUUCGAGAAAAACAGUAGGCUACGAGGUUUCGAAGUCAUUAAAAACCGUUGUAGUAGUAGAAACUUACAUGCAAAAAAGAUGGUUGAAGUAUAUUUGGUUAUUGUUCAUUGCUACAAGCUACUAUUCGUGACAGGACAUAUGUGAUGAGGUUGUGUAAUUGUGGUCUUCGAAAUUAGUACUUCUCUAAUAAUAGACGUGAUCAUAAAAUUGUGGAUUUCUCAUGUUGUAACUGCCUAAUCUUUAAGAUUCGACUCGAGCAAGGAUGAAGCUUUCAUGAAAAAUUUCCAUCAAUUUCUGUCACAUGGAAACCCUGACACAAGUUAAUACCAAUGUACUGGCCUACUUAAUACUGUCCAAGUUAACCCGUUUUCAGUAAUCAUAAUAUAUCGAGAUGAAUUUCGAUUCGAUGUGAGGAGCACAGCCUGUUUCCACCUGCUUUAGACAGAUCGCUAACAAAGUUACUGAUAAUUCAAUGCAACCCAUCAAACUGGUCAAAUGGAAGUGAUCUGAGUUAUCCGUAUGUACUUCAGUCUCUACUAAUUCAACAGAGAUCAACGUAAUUUUGUUAGGGAACAUAACCCAAUAAUAUCCAUAACUUUGUAGCUCCACAUUAUGCCUGCUCUGUUGCAAUCGCAUUAGCUUCAAAAAUAAGUUAUCAUUCCUCUUGAAACCGAGUCUUAUUUAUUUAAGCACAUAGAUAAUGGUACAAAGGGGAAUCAGAUACAUAUGCGCCACAAAAGUCUCAUCUGAUUUGUGUGAGGGCUAUGAUACUGCCCGGGUGCCCGAACCGAAACAGGUAGUUUUCUUAGGGGGCCACAUCCCGAGCCUUUGACCUAAAGGUCUAUACCACAAGGCAGUGGAGCAACGUAAGGAGAUUCACUCCCAUGUUAGCCGGUGACCAACAAUUGUUUCAUAUGCCGUUUGUUCCUUCAGGAUACUGGAGCUCACAUGCAUUAUUGGUUUGGACUCAGGGUUUCCCAACUCCCUUAGGUGGAGCUUUCUUGUCCACUAACGCGGUUAAAGUGCCUGACAUUUGCUUUUCGUUCUCUCAAUUUCGUCAACAACACCCCCACCACGAGAAGGCAGUGAGUAGGACUUCCCUGGCAGUGGUUGUUUGCGCGUGGUCAUGUGAGAGCAUUUCGAGAGCGAGAGCUAACUCUCCCCAGUCUGUGCAGUAACAGGGCAUUUGGGGGCCUUACUUAUCUAUGCCAUGAGCGGUAUGUAAGAAACAAUUUUCCCCUUCAAUUUACAACUGAAAGCAUGUGUCUUGAACAUAAUCCAAGGUGCGAAGGAUGACUUUCAACCAUUAUACCAUAAGCUCAUAUACCGAUCCAGUUUAAUUAUUUAGAGCAAGAGAGUAGAAUCAUCAACCCAGCUCAAAGCUGGGUCAGUUACGUCCCUGUUAUCUGUGCUAUUUCUGGAUAAUUUUCAUAUGUUUAUAUAAUCAUGCAAACUAAGUCUUUUUAAGACGGAUUUUUCUCAACCAAUUUCUUAACAUAACUUAUUGGUGUCUUCUUUAGGUUCGUGUGAAUAAUCAUGUAAGUUUCCUCGAAGCUGCAGGUUUCGUUUAAGAUGGGGGAAAUGGUCUGUGGAUAUCAUAAAUAGAUGGAUCGUCCUAUUUUCAAGUUAAGCUAUCGGCUUGUUUUUCUUGUCUUAAUCACAUUCGGUAGCUGUUUGGAUUCAAAUUCACCCACCCCCUCAUGUCUAAGUAUGUCAGAACGAUCGAAAUGGAAUCGAUCUUUUCACUUUAACAACCAGGAGCUUCGUCUAAAGUUGGAAGUCACAAACCGAUCAUCCCAUUGGAUUGUUAACUACAUAUUUGAGAUAUUGGCACGUGAAAGACUUGGCUAUCAGUUUAUCGAAUUUGUCAAACAGGAUACGGAUCAUCCUAGACUAGCAAUUAGUAGAUUAGAUUGUAAAGAUUCUAACUGUUACAAAUUACCGGAUGUCCACAUAAAUCUUGAAUUAUGGCUGUCUUUGGGAACGAUAACUAGUUCUUGGGUUCCACAUAAUAGAGUGAUCGAUAAUGGACCAUUAGGUCCAACUAACCGAUGGGCUAUUUCUUCCAGGGAAGAGUUUAUGUCACAGGUUUCGGCAUUGACAGAGACACAGUCUUACUGUCGUUAUAAACAUGGACCAACUCAUUCUCAAAUUCCGUUAUCACAAACUGCAGUUCAAUCAGAAUGUGAUCUGGAUAUAUGCUAUGCUUCCGAAUUCCGCAAUGAGUUCAUCCGUUACUUUACUGGAUCGGAAAUUUUAUCUAAAGAGUUUGCACACUUUCCAAACUUACACUCUUCACCUCCUGUCAUGUCAAUCAUUAAUUGGUAUCCACAUGGGCUUGGCUCUUUUCCUUUACCUUCGGGACUACACUUUUUGGGGAAGAAAAACAAUUUAAACUCAACAGUAAUUAAAACUGCGCUUGAUAAGAUUUAUCACUGUAGUCGACAAUAUUCAGGCACUUUGUCCCACAUUCAGAAUUCAAAGAAGUCUUCAUUUUGCCAGUUUGAGUCACAACAAGCUACAAAAUUAUCAUGGGCCAAGCUAAAGAGCACUGUGCCUCUCAUUUAUCAAUUAAUUGACCGGAUGCAUUUUUCUCAGUCGGAGUAUGAAGACCUACUGAAAUCAGCUAACCACUUGGAUCCAAACUCUGGCCAGGAUCUACAGUCUCAAUAUAGAGAUAUUGCUUGCAAAUGGCUUCGCUUGUCUCCGACUCGUUGGGUUUCGUGGACCAAAGGUUGGAAUAAAAAGCUAAAUCUUACGGUUGCUGGACUUUUCGCUUUCUAUGGGAAAUGGGUAGUUUCGAAUUUAGACCAUGUUGCUGAACAAGCUAUUAAUUUUGUCAAUCAUAAUCCUGAUUACUUUAGCAAUACUGAAUAUGCAUUGACUCUGGACGUUCGUAAUCUUACCUGUUCUCAGGACGUUGUACUGAAUGAUUACUUUGAUUUACUGACAGCUUCAAAAAAUAGAAAGAUUAUUGGAGUGAUCGCUGCUCUGUGUUCGGAUUCAAUAGAACCAGUUGUUGAGGUAGCUAACAUGCGCCGCCAGAUUGUUGUUAGUCCAACCGUUGAAUCAGUCCGUUUUGCAAAACGUUAUCAGUAUCCGUACUUUUUUCGCACUGUUCCCUCAAUGACACAUGUGAGCUUAAUCUUGAUUAGAUUAUUCAGUAGUUGGGGUUGGCGUCGUGUUGCUGUGUUUCGUGAAGACGAUCAUUUCUUUGAUCCUUUGAUUUUUCAGUCGAAUGGUAUAGAUCUUAUUGCUGACUUUGUAAUGAAGGAAAAUCAACUCACAUACGUUACUGUACUUCAAGCUUUGAAACUUAUGAACGAUCGUACUAGUCGUAUCUUCAUGGUUGAAUAUUUUGCUAAAGGUACAGCCAUCAUAUUAUGUGCUGCAUAUCACUUAGGAAUGCACUUUGAUGCGGGUUAUGUCUGGUUUCUUAAUCCUUGGUUAUCAAGCAAUUGGUGGCAGGCACCUGAUGUGCAUCCCAGAGAAUGUACCCAUGAAGAAAUGCAUAACAUAACUUCGUGGACUUUCACGGUUGGACAUCAAUUAAUCAUGGAACCAUUGGCUCACAAAUUUAUGCCUUCUUCAUUUAGCGAUGGGAAUUUGUUUGCUUUUGACUCGUCAUCUCAUAAGCUACAAGGCACUAGUCGACGAUUCCGUCGGUAUUCAAAUCAGUAUGCACAAGAUUUGCGGAUUCGUAAAUUCAAGCAUCCAUUAUAUAAUGGUCAUUUUACAAAUAAUUAUGACGAUUCACCUUCAGAUUCCGAGUUACAACGUUCAGUUUUUAAUACGAAGAGUGAAGAUGUUGAGUAUGUUCAUUCUUCUCAUGAUUACGCAAUACAUACAUAUGAAUCUGUUAUUGUUCUAGCUGCAGCACUUAUUCACUUAUUACACCAAAAUCCAAGUGCUAUUUCUGUUUUUGAAUCAAUGUCAGUUGCGGAGGCGUAUCGUGAGUUAGUUUUUGAAACAGACUUUAGAUAUACUAUUUCUUCAAGAUUCAUUAUGGAUGAUUCCUUUGCAAACCCAGUUAUUUCAUUGGACACAGGUUUCCACUAUGUAUACCGGAAAGAUGAAAUUAAAUCGGCUUCUCAAUUACGAUUUAAUAAUUUAAACGAGCGUGUUGCUGAUUUUUGGCUUCUUAAACAACAUCAAAUCAAUAUCACUGUUCCCAUUGUAUUGUGGAGUUUAGACCAAGAGUUUGUAAGCGACGAUAAUUCUAUGCCUUUGAGUUCUUUAAUGGACGCAGCUGAUCUGACUAACUUAGCGGCUUCUGAACGUUUUGCCCAACUAAUGGGGGAACGCUGGAUUAACGAUGUGAAUUGGGGUAAUAACGAUGGACCACCAGAUGAUGGAUCAGAACAUGACGAUGACUGUGUGUUUGGAUUUGUAAGCAGAAUUUUCGGUGUGAAUUGUACUGGUUCUACCGUGAUCGCUACUAUUUCGAUAGUGGUUUUUGUAACAGUACUAUGUUUUAUCCUGUUUAUUGUUUACUAUCGGCGCAAACUAAAGAAAACACAAUUAAAAAUUCGUCAACCAUAUGAAAACCUUUGUAAUGAGCUAAAAGACAUUGAUAUUCCACCUGCCGACAUAGUUUUGAAUCGUCGUGUCGGUCAAGGAGCAUUCGGUAUGGUGUAUGGCGGUGAAGCGAAACGUAAUGGGCGUUGGGAAGCUGUAGCUGUCAAAGUGAUUGGUAACAAAGCUACUUACGAAGGGAAAACAGAUUUCCUUUCGGAAGCAAAACUAAUGAGAAGUCUAGACCAUCGAAAUGUUGUCCGUUUAGUUGGUAUCUGUUUGUAUCCGAAAGAAAAUCAUCUUUAUCUAAUCAUGGAAUUUAUGCUAAAUGGUGAUUUGAAGACGUAUCUUCUAUCUCGACGUGUUUUGGCUCAACAAGUGCCUGAUCAUGACGGUGUUUGUCCAGCUACACUGACUGGUAUGGCAAUCGAUAUUGCUGAGGGUUUGGCUUACUUACACAGGAAAAAUUUGAUCCAUCGUGACAUUGCCUGUCGUAAUUGUCUUGUUGGUUCUGAUGGGAUUGUAAAAAUUGGAGAUUUUGGUCUUACUCGUGAAAUGAAUAGUAGUGAGAACGAAGGUUAUUAUCGCUUUACUCGUAACUGUGAACUCCCCAUUCGUUGGAUGUCUCCUGAAGCUGUCCAGUUUGGUGUAUUCAGUGUUCAUUCUGAUAUUUGGUCAUAUGGAAUAGUAUUAUAUGAAAUUAUAACUUUUGGAGUGUUCCCGUAUGAUGGUUUAGGUGAUGUUGAAGUUGUGGAGCGUGUAAAACGUAAAGAUUUUAGCAUAAUCGAAUUUUUGCCUUUAGCAGCAAGAAACACUACUAUCUCCCGAUUAAUAUAUCAAUGUUGUCAGCAUCAAUGGCAACAUCGUCCGGCUUCACUUGAUCAAAUUAUAGCUAUUUUACGAAAAAAUCCCGAUUGUGUCCGCCCGUUUCUUACAAAUGAACCACCGAAACCAAACAGUACCAUUGAUGCCCUUCGUUUUCAACCUGGUGCUGGUGCAUGUAUCAUGUCGAAAAAUACUCUUGCUUCUGGUGAUCCGUCUCCAAGUAACCCAGUUACUUGUAACACUACCUCUGAUGGCAUUCAUGGUUAUCCAAUAAGUUCUAGUAUUCGAGGUGUUCUCAGUGCAACAGGUAGUUUGGGUGGUUCCGGAAAGUCCCCGUUGGGUCAUCAUUCAUCGGAUUCAUUUUCAGAGAACCUUAGUACAUCUGCAUUUCUAUCAUUUUUAUCAGAAGCUCCUUUGCAAAACUUAGGUCGACGUCGUCAUAAGACUGCUGAUGGUUCGACGACAACCUGUCGGUACCAUGGUAUUCGUCGGGGUACCAGUUCUUCUUCCUGUGGCCAUACGUUUCGUAGUUCAGAACACAGUUCUGGUGAUCGUUCAACCACCGAAGACCAACCACAUCUUGCCAGUGAAAUUUUGAGAUUCCCUAAUUGUCAGAAGCUUGAUUCUUUCAGUCCUAAAUCAACCAUCUCAUUUGAAGAAAGGAGAUUAAAAAACUACUCUAAAACAAGACAUGGUAAACCAAGUCCAAUCAGAAAAAUAUUUAGCAAACAAACUAGUAUAGGGGACGAGCAUAUGGAAUUAGUUUUGCCAAAAAAUCCAACCGAUUAUCGUUAUGUUCAUGAUUCGCUUAAUCAAUCUUUCGUCACACCUAUAAGCUAUCCCCAGGAUGAAUCAAAGACCAGAACUUCCCAAGGAGAAAUCGUAUAUGAAUGCGAGGAUUUUCAAAAUGUUCAACAAGAUAACAGUUUAGCGUUUCUACCUUGAUAGUGUUCGAACUUCUGUCAGUCACUCUGUUUCACAACAUACUUGUCCACAGUUUUCUACGUCAUGUCUAUUCAUUUUCAGUCCAAAUGCUUCAGAUAAUCAAAGAUCUAUUCCUUUGUCUAUUGCUAUCUCCUAAUGAUAAAUAUUGGAGCCAAAUCUAAAUGAACAAAACUACUGAAUAUCAGCCUGUCACAUGUCUCUAAAGCUGUUUGCUUAAACACAGCCCAGGAAAAAACUGGCUUCAGUUGCCAUAUUUUUCAUGUUUUGGAGAUAGAACAACCUAUUGCCAAUUAUUUUCAUGGUGUACCUAUCACAAAUAUAAAGGAAACACUCGUAAAUCAGAACUAUUUCUACUUUAAUAGUCUGUUAACUUGUUAUACUCGUUUAUUUGUAAUUUCCCGGUUUCAGAUAUCCUAUUUCACCGCUACCUCAGUUUAUGAACAUGUGUAUUUUAACUCUACAAUAUUAUUCGUUUGAAAUUUCAUUUACGAAUAUUGAGUACGUAUUAUGUUAAUGAAUUUUUCAAAAAUGUGAAUGAAAUAAUUUUUUAUGAUCCAGGAAAAUGAUUUAUAUUAAAUAUUCAAAAAUCUAAUGGUAUAUAUUUGGUCUUGCUUCCGAAGAUACUUUCAUUAUUCGCCUUUCGUUAAAAUCAUACUUGUAAGGGUUACGCACCUCAUACUAUAUGUAGUGUUGAAACUUCAUUAUCAGUUAUCUUUCGUUUUUGUAACUUUCAUUUUUUGGUAAUAACAAUAAUUUUAUUUCAUCUGUGUAAAUUUUAUUCAACAAUGUCGAGAAAUUUUAUUUUUUCCUGUAAAUCUGUUUUUGAGUUUAGAUGUACUAUAUUGAUCCAACUAUGUGUAAUGGGUAGUAAUUUCCUUUGUCAAAUCAAACAUAGAUUGUAUAUAGUUGGUUUAUUUUAUUAUAGUCAAUAUUUCUUAUCUUACAGAAUGAGAAAUCCUUUUAUAUAAUUUUCUUGUAUAUUAUUCUCUGAGCUUCUUUUUAAAAAUUGGUCAAUAAUUGGCCUUAUUCGUAAUGACACUCCUUUUUUUACCGCGAUUUCUAUGCCCUUUUUUGUAUUUUCAGUAACUGUACCAAAUAAACUUAUCAAAUUUAUGAUACCUCCUAAAGAUCUCAUUCAAUUCAUAUUAGUUUCAUUUAAUUUGAGUUUUUUUUAAAUAAAAAAACGUAUCCAUAACUCGUCAUACAUGUAGCCUUACUUCACAGUUCUAAACUGCGUUGUUAUUUCAAAUCUUUCGAACACCAGAUUUCUACUAUCUGAUGUACCCGAUGAAUGGUUUGGUGAGUAACCUAUAACCUAAAUUAAUUAUGGUAAGAAUAUUUCCGCUUCGGUAAUUAAAAUGUUUUAGUUAUACUCAACUUCUCGGUAGAAAAUUUCAAUGAGUCGUCGGUCCGGUGAAAUAUUUAGAUUUAUUGUCUUUGGGACUUUCAUCCGUCCCCUGAAAGCUUUCGUCAAUUUAACUAAUACCAUAAUGAAACUUUACCAAUC